AUGCAAGCCCUCUCCAUUUACCUUCUCGUCCGUAUGGGCGAAGGCGAGACGGACCACCAGACCCAUGAUUCUCUCUUACUGGCAACGGUGACGGUAAACAACUGUGUCACUGCGAUAUCACAUGCGAACCCUGGCCCUCUUCAAGCAGCUACAAUCUCGAAAGCAGCUGGGAAAAUUGGAUUUUUGAGGAAUCAAGACGAAGUUAUCUAUAGUGUUGUGAAUUUGCUGGUCUACGAGUCAGUAGUACCAUGUGAUCCAAAAACUGAGCUUAUUCUAGCACCACUACCAGCGAAGAAACAGCUAUGGGAAGCAGGGGAUGCUAUGUUAUGGAAGGCAGAAGUCGAGAGAGAACAUGGAGCUCCGACUGACUUUGCAUUGGCUGCAAGUGGUGAGCUGGUUAAACUAGCCGAAGGCUAUCAUAGCUUACAGAUCUGGGAAGAGGCUCUGGUUCAAGCAAGGUCGCCCAGCACGACGCCAAUUCAGCUCCUCCUAGCUGCCAAUAAUUCCACCCAUAAAACUUUAAAAUACCUGGAGCUCACCACCAUCUGCAGUGAGGCAGAUAAGCGAUACCAGAACAAUUGCUGUUGUCACGGUGGCGGCAGUGGUAUGAACGUUCGCGUUCUGGUGGUUGACGGCGUGUCAAAUCUUCCUGCUGAAGCAGACGGCGCCAUCGUUGUUGGUGGUUCGAAUGCCGCGAUUUCCGCGACAUAUUUCUCGGCAAAAGCUGGCGCUCGCGCUGCUAUACAUCACGACUGCGGCAUUGGUCGAGAUGAAGCAGGGGUCAGAGGCCUGCUUUGGGCAGAACACCACGGCAUGGCUAUGGCCGCCGUGGCUACCGACAGCGCCCGUGUCGGCGACGGUGCAGACAUGUUCCAACGGGGGAUCAUCAGUCGAGUCAAUAAACUUGCGGCUAUGUGUGGCGUAAAGAACGGCCAAACUGUCGAACAAGCAGUGGAGCUCUUGAGAUCCGCGCCUUGGCCUCAUGCCAACGUGGAAGCACUUGUUGAGGGACGCGCCUUUAUCCACGGCGUCCUUUGCAUAGAUUCCAUCUCGCUCGCGACUUUGGGGCAUGCAGGCUUGGUCGUGGCGAGCGGUAGCCAUGGCGGUGCAAUCGCGGCUGGAAUGACGCGUUCAUUUAGGCCACGCCUUGUUUUCUUCAAUGAUGCCGGCUUCGGGGCUGAUCGUGCAGGUGCUGCCUCCCUUCCUGUUCUCGAUUCUGAGGGUGUUGCCGCUGCUACAGUCGCCGCGGACUCGGCGUGCAUCGGCGACGGCAGGUCGACGCUGACAGAGGGCAUUAUCUCUGCCGUGAAUGAAACAGCAUACCGACUCGGCGCUAGGGUUGGGGACACAGCCCUUGAAGUGGCGCGCAUCGCGUUGGAAAGGGUCUGA